AACACUGUACCGCUUUGAUAGCUAAAGUUUGGCUACGUAAUCUUGUAACGACUAGCGUCUUAUCGCUAAUCGUUCGGUUUCCUGUUAUUUAAUUUAAAUAAUAACCGAAGACUGUUUUUAAUUGCCAAUAUGACGCAAACAAAAGUGGAAGAAAAUCAAAGUGAAGAAGCAGGGAAAAUAUUUGUUGGAGGUUUGAGCUGGGAGACAUCCCAAGAGAAGCUUCAAGAAUAUUUUUCCCGAUUUGGAGAAGUUGUUGAUUGUGUUGUUAUGAAAAAUAAUGAAACAGGCAAAUCAAGAGGCUUUGGUUUUGUCACCUUCAAAGAAGUGAGUUGUGUGGCCAAAGUUUUAUCAAGUGGGCCACAUGAGGUGGAUGGUAGAACGAUUGAUCCCAAAGUUUGCAGUUCAAGGGAUAGCCAACAGAACAAAAAGGCUGGACAGUUUCCUAAAGUUUUCCUGGGUGGAUUGCCUCCCAAUUGCACAGAAACAGAUUUGCGUAGUUUUUUCUCCAGAUAUGGAACGGUUGUUGAAGUUGUAUUAAUGUAUGAUCAAGAGAAAAAAAAGUCGAGAGGCUUUGGAUUUUUAUCAUUCGAGACAGAAGACAGUGUGAAACAAGUUUGUGCAGAACACUUUGUGAAAAUCAACGGCAAGAAGAUUGAAUGCAAGCAUGCUGAACCUCGAGACAAGAAAAGACCUCAACAACAGACUACCCAAGCUAAUCAGUGGGGAGGUCCUCCUAUGGGCCCCCCUGGCUGGGGUCCUGGUGCCCCUGCUCCUGGAGCUCCAGGUCCCUGUGGCCCUACAAUGGGCCCCGGUGGACCCAUGCCAGGUCCUAUGUCUGGACCUAUGGGACCCACAAUGAAUAAUGGCAUGAUGGGCCCUGCAGCAAGUGGUUACCAAGGUGGAUGGGGUGGACCUCCUCCUUAUGGACCCCAAGGUAGCUAUUGUAAUUAUGGCUAUGGUUAUGGUUCACAAUGUGGUUGGGGACCUCAUCCUGGUGGAUAUGGUCCUGGCUACAAUAGUUGGGGAUGUGGGCCAGGAUAUGGUGGACCAUAUAAUGGACCACCAGGCCCUCAGUAUGGACAACCUGGUUAUGGAUAUGGUUAUAAUUAUGGGGGAUAUGGUGGCCCUAUGGGAGGACCUCCACCUCCAAACCCUCCUGCACCUGGAACAGAAAGCUUUUCUGGUACUGGUGCUAUGACUGGCCCUACAACAACUGGUCCUCCCAGUACAACCAAUGCCAACCCACCAGCACAGACUGGACCUUCACCGCCAGGUAUGGGAAAUUAUACCCAGGAACCUUCUAGCUUUGGUCCUACACGAACAGGAUUUACCCAAGGAUAUGGAACAGGGCCAAACAACUAUACUGCUGCUGGAAGUUACACUACUCCUAGUAAUUAUACUACACCUCAAGGUGAUGCGCAAGGAAAUAGAGCAGCUGGUCCUGGUUAUCACCCAUAUCGACGCUAAUCUGGCUGAGUUUUCACUGUCAUACAUUCUUAUAUUCAUGACUUGUACAUUCAGAACUUGAUAACAGAGGAUUGAAAAGCAUUUUUUUUUUUUUCUUUUCUUUUUUUUUCAUCUUUAGUUCUUAAGUUUUUGAUACCCAUCAUCUAUAGUAAUAUACUCCAUAUUUCAUUUUUCUUUAUAUUUUUUUAUCCAUGGAGAAUUGUAUUUAAAUAUAAAAUUUAUCCAUAUAAAGAAAUUUUAAUGUAUGCAUGUUCAUGACAUGCAUGAUCCUCUUGCAUUUAUCUUGAUUGUUUUUCCUUUUAAUUAAUCAUUGAAUCUAGCACAUCCAUUUCAUUUAGAUUAAAUAAAAAUAUAUAUUUGAUGGAA